AUGCCAUACGAAGGUCAAUUUGCAGCCAUGCAUUCACGACUGCUUGCCAAAACUUUCACUGCCCUUCUUGUUUUAUCGUCUAUCUGUGGAAUUUGUUCUGGGAAGACACCAACUGCAACAUUUAAUGAGGAGAUCCAAAGCACUCCAAUACUGCUAUAUCAGUGCUACCGUAAUGGUACAACUGUAGAACCAAAGGACGCCGUCAACUAUACCGCGCUCUUUGACGGAACUACUCCGAACGAUGCUGCUUCGAAAGGAAACGUCUGGUUUGCCAUGAAUGGUACUGAAGACAAGUACACAGAAUUAGCAUUCACAGCGACGUACGACAGCAAGAGUGAUAUGAUCAGUCUAGUGGCUUCAGGUUCAUCUACCGAUGAGAAGAUUAGACUCGUGGAAAGCCCAUUCCGGGGCAAGGCGUAUUUCGUGAACGAAAUGUAUGACGGCCAACCCGCCAGCAAGAUCUACGACGUGGACAAAACAUGCGUGAACGCUGCGGCAAAUCUGCAGGAAGCGUGUCCCGACGGCUGCGGCAUGCGACUGGUUCGAGAGGUCGGCGCAGUCGAACAGUCGGGAGGAAUAACAGAUGUCAUUACGUCUUCUGCUAGAGAGUUAUUCUGUCGCACUUUUACCUUUCUUUGCUAA